GCCUAGUGCGCAGGCGCGACGUUGCCGGCUAAGAUGGCGGCGCUCAGGGUGCUCGUGUUUGGCGGGGCCGUCGCCCGCCUCUCCCUCCCGGCCGCUCCUCUCCCAUUCCCGGCCGCUGCGGGGAGGCGCUACGUGAGAGCGCUGAGGAGGAGGCCCAUCGAGGUGCUGGACACUCGGCGGCAGGGAGCUGCUGGGGCCGGGGAGGCUCCUCCCGGCCGGGAGAGGCCAGGGCUCGGUGGGCCCGCCCGGCAGACGGAGGUUCAGCUCGGUGGUCGGGCCGGGCAGCUGCCCCUCGGCCGGGAGAGGACUGGACUUCGUGGUCCGGCCGGGCAGAAGGAGCUUGGACUCGGUGGUCCGGCCGGGCAGGAGGGACCUGGGCUCCGUGGUCGUUCUGGACAGCUGCCCCUCGGCCGGGAGAAGACUGGACUUCGUGGUCCGGCCGGGCAGGAGGGACCUGGGCUCCGUGGUCCGGCCGGGCAGUUGCCCUUCGGCCCCGGCCUGUCGUUCGAGAGGGCGUUCCCCGGAGACAAGCGGCUGGCAAAAGUUAUGACCAUUGUGAAGUCCAAGAAAUUCCGUAACCAGCAUGGGAAAAUCCUACUGGAGGGUUGGCGGCUGAUAGCGGAUGCCUUGAAAGCCGGAGCGUCGCUGGAGACCCUCUUCUUCAGUAACAUGGACAGCGUGAAGGAAUUGCCUCCGGAGAAACUGAAGCACGUUAAAUUGAUCAAAGUGAAGUUUGACGAGAUUAAGAUGUGGUCUGAGCUUGUAACUCCCCAGGGAGCACUCGGAAUUUUUGUUAAGCCAGAAUAUUCAAAGAUGAAGUAUCCAAUUCAACAAGAGCACACCGUUCCCCUCUUCCUCAUUUGUGACAACAUCCGAGAUCCCGGGAACCUGGGCACAAUAUUACGAUCUGCAGCGGCAGCUGGCUGCAGUAAGAUAUUAUUGACCAAAGGUUGUGUGGAUGUGUGGGAGCCCAAAGUGCUUCGGGCCGGAAUGGGUGCUCACUUCCGCAUGGCCGUGAUAGCGAGCCUGGAGUGGGAGGUGGUUCCCAACUACAUCUCCAACAGCACCUGUGUCCACGUGGCGGACCAUUCCUACCCGGUUGUCGGCAACCCCUCGGCCCUACCCGGACCCCUGUCUGCGGGUGACCGGAGCUGCAGGUCUUCGCGCACAGCGGAUGAGUACGAGGAGAGCGACAGCAAGGACGAGGAGCGAGAGUGCUCGCUCUCGCUGCCCAAGGUGGACACUCAGAGUUGCUACCAGCCGUGGGCGAUGGAACAGACGGCCAUUGUGGUGGGUGGGGAGACGCACGGCCUCAGCCUAGAGGCUCUCUUGUUGGUGGAGAAGACGAGAGGGCGGAGACUGUACAUUCCCAUCACUCCGGGCGUGGAGAGCCUCAAUUCGGCCAUGGCGGCAUGCAUUUUACUCUUCGAGGGCCGGCGGCAGCUCUUGCUUCAGGCAACAAACGCCAACAGGACUCCAACAAGCCAGUAGUAACAUCGCUGUUCUAUGAUCAAAAACGAGCAAAAAAAAUAAAACAAGUGCAUCCUUUACAAUCUCUAA